AUGCAAGAGGACAAGAGCUCAAAAACGUUUGGUCGCAUUCUUCUUGGUAUCUGUGGAGGAAUUGGUCUUGGUCUUACUGUGCUAGCUGCACCUUUUCUAACACCAGCACUUCGACGUCAUGCACUUCCAUACGUUCCCGCAACAAGAGAACAAUUGGAUAAUAUAUUUCAUUUAUUACGACAAUAUUCUACCAAGCAACGUCGACAUUUAAUCGAUCUCGGUAGUGGAGACGGACGGAUUGUUUUCGAAGCUGUGCAACAAGGUUUUCCUUGUGCCACUGGAAUUGAAAUCAAUCGUGUGUUAGUUUAUUAUGCAAGAUUAAAAGCAUAUGUCUCAGGUCAAAGCAAGAUUUGUCAUUUUAAACGAGCAAAUCUCUGGAAGUAUGAUUUAUCAAAAUAUGAUACAAUUGUUCUUUUUGGUGUUGAUACCAUGAUGGAGCCAUUAUUAAAAAAGCUCUCGAAAGAAAUAGCGGACGAGAGUGUUGUGAUUACUUGUCGUUAUCAAUUUCCGAUCAAUUAUGAUCGUACUCAUGGUGAAGGUAUCGAUGCUGUUUGGUUAUAUAAUUCCCAAACGAUCAGAAAUCAGCUUUCGGGAAAGCCCACUUUUUCAUGA